AUGGGUAUCGGAGGAGUCGUUCUGCGGUUUUGCAGUCUCGCUAUACGCGUGCUGCAGUUCCUCGCAUCAGCUGUCAUCCUCGGGAUCUUCUCUUACUACCUCGCUAUUCUCGCGCGCCAUGACCUGCACAUCGCCACAUGGCUGAAGGCCGUUGAGGGUCUAGCCGGUGCCGGCACCCUAUACGGCCUGCUGGGCAUCAUUUUCGUCUGCUGUCUCGGCGGAGUCUCCUUCUUUGCUUUCCUGGGUGUGGUGCUGGACGUGUGCUUCACUGGUGCCAUGAUCGCCAUCGCUGUCUUGACGCGCAAGGGCGUUGACCAGUGCACUGGAACGGUCGACACCCCACUGGGCACAGGAAACGCUUCGGAUGAUUCCCAGGCCAAUCUGUCUUUCGGGAUGGCCUGCAAGCUCGAGAAGGUUACUUUUGCUGUGGCCAUCAUUGGAGUUUUCCUAUUCCUGAUUUCUAUCCUCUUCCAAAUUUUGCUCGCCCGUCACCACAAACGCGAGAAGCGCUUCGGUCCCUCCCCCGCAAACGGCUACACCUCCGGCAGCCGUCGUCGCUGGUGGCGUCGCAACAAGGCUAGCGCCGACACUGGCGCCGACGCUCUACCCGGCCACCCCACCCCCAGUGAUGUCGAAAUGGAUGGCGAGCCCAAGAACGAGAAGAACUGGUUCGGCUCCUGGGGGCGCAAAAACAACACCACCGCCCCCGCGGCCAACGGCUCUGGUGCAGUCCAGAACGGCUACGGCUACGGCAACUCGGCCUAUACCGGGAACAUCUAA